CUUCCACGAUAACCGCAUAUUGAAGCAUUGUUAUCGGAUUUUUGAACGCUGCCAGUCACUAGCGAACAAUCGCCACAAAACAAAUUGUAAUUUCUUCGGCUUUCGUAUCAAUUGGCAAAGGGAUAACGUAGCGGGAUAUGGAGGAAGUGGCGCCGCAUUUUAAGGUGCUGGAAGAGGUGUUCCACGGCAAUGGUAAUGGAUGCGCCAGCGUGGAUGCCACUCAAUCAGCCAUUUUAAAAGUGCUGACGCGCGUGAAUCGCUUCCAGGUGCGCGUCCGCAAGCAUAUCGACGACAACUACACGGAGUUCAUGCCCAACCAUACCUCGCCGGACAUUUUCCUGGAAGAGUCGGCAUCCCUAAAUCGUGAGAUCCAUGAUCUUCUAGAAACCGUGGGCGCUGAAGGACUGGGCGCCUUGAAUGAGGCGAAUGCCAAGUUGGCGGAUAGCGGUAGGCAGCUGAGGGAGAUCCUUUUAGGCCUCGGAGUCAGCGAACACGUCCUCAAGAUCGAUGAGCUGUUUCAGUGCGUGGAGGAGGCGAAAGCCAUCAAGGAUUACCUGGUUAUUCUAGAUCUCGUAGGUCGUUUAAGGGCUUUCAUCUACGACGAUGAUGCCGGCGAAGAGAACGCGUCGCAGGUGGCCACUCCCGAGAUUCGACGUGUCUUUCAAGCUCUCGAUUGUUACGAAACCAUUAAGGUGAAGUACCAUGUUCAAGCGCAUCUAUUGCAGCAGAGCCUUCAAGAGCGCUUCGAUCGGUUGGUUCAACUUCAGUGCAAAUCCUUUCCCACAUCGCGUUGCGUCACAUUGCAAGUGAGUCGGGAUCAGGCCCAACUACAGGACAUCGUACAGGCCCUCUUUCAGGAGCCCUACAAUCCUGUGCGUCUCUGCGAAUUCUUGUUGGACAACUGCAUCGAACCACUAACCCUUAGACCAGUGAUGGCGGAGUAUAACGAAGAUGCCGACGGUGGUACGUAUAUAAGACUGUCGCUAUCUUACGCCACCAAGGAGCCCAGCUCUGCGCAGCUUCGUCCGAAUUACAAGCAAGUUUUGGAGAACUUCCGGCUGCUCCUGCAAACGCUGGCUGGAAUUAACUGCAGUGUUUCCAGCGAGCAGCACGUAUUCAGCAUAAUAGGCGAUCAUGUGAAGGACAAGAUGCUGCAGUUGCUGGUGGAUGAGUGUCUGAUACCAGCUGUACCCGAAACCAUGGAGGAGUAUCAGUCCUCAACGUUAUGCGAGGACGUCACACAGUUUGAGCAGCUGCUAGCAGACUCAUUUAUCAUUAAUCCAGACCAUGAUCGGGCAUUGGGGCAGUUUGUCGAGCAGUACGAAACCUAUUAUCGCAAUCGGCUGUUUAGUCGGGUUCUGGAUACGGCACGCGAGAUCAUCCAGCGGGAUUUGCAAGACAUGGUGCUGAUUGCGCCUAACAAUCUAACCACCGAAGUGGCCAACGACCCCUUCCUCUUUCCACGAUGCAUGGUCUCCAAAAGUGCGCAGGACUUUGUCAAACUGAUGGACCGUAUCUUGCGCCAACCCACGGAAAAAAUGGGUGAAGACCAAACAGAUCCUCUAGCCGGCGUCAUUGCCAUCAUGUUGCAUACCUAUAUCGAUGAAGUGCCCAAAGUGCACCGUAAGCUACUCGACAGCAUUCCCCAGCAGGCGGUACUAUUCCACAACAACUGCAUGUACCUUACCCACUGGGUAGCUCAGCAUGCCAACAAGGGUAUCGAAAGUUUGGCGGCGCUAGCCAAGACCCUGCAGGCCACAGGUCAGCAGCAUUUCCGGGUGCAGGUUAACUACCAGUCCUCUAUUUUAAUGGAGAUUAUGCAAGGCUUCGAGUUCGAAAGUCCGCACACGAUGGGCUCCGGUCCAUUGAAGCUGGUGCGCCAGUGUCUUCGUCAGCUAGAGCUGCUGAAAAACGUGUGGGCCAAUGUGCUUCCAGAGACGGUGUAUAAUGUCACGUUCUGCGAGCUGAUCAACACUUUUGUCGCCGAGCUAAUCCGUCGCGUUUUUACGUUGCGCGACAUUUCUGCCACGAUGGCUUGCGAGCUGAGCGACCUCAUCGACGUGGUCCUGCAGCGGGCGCCCACGCUCUUCCGUGAGCCAAACGAAGUAGUCAAAGUCCUAUCCUGGUUGAAACUGCAGCAAUUGAAAACCAUGAUGAACGCCUCGCUCAAGGAGAUCACAGAGCUGUGGUGCGACGGUGCCGGACCACUGACGGCUACUUACAAGUCAGACGAGGUAAGGCAUCUAAUCCGGGCCCUCUUUCAGGACACGGAUCGCCGCGCAAAGGCCAUAACGCAAAUUGUAUAGGCUACACACUAGGGAAGAUGGAUUUUUCCCGAAGCAGGGGAGUUAAAUUGUGAAAUUUCUUUCUUUUGGAUAAAAGCACAGUUUAAAAUGAUAAAAUACCUUGGAGAUUGCCUUCAUGACUCCUUAUUAAAACCCCUCAAGAGUUCACUUUAAAUGCUAAACGAAAUAUAUUAUGAUAGUCUUGAUUGAUUGUAAAUAACAAAUUAUACUUUAGAUUGCCUUCCGGUUUAGAAGACUUAUUUUAGCAACAAAAUGCGAUCCAUUUUUCCAGCAACAAAAAUAGUCUCUAUUCUAAGCUUUAUUUAAAUAAAACCACAAGAUCCCAUUA